CGCUCAUUUUAUCUUUGUUGGCAGGGUUUGUCGCUGCGUUAGAUGCCACAGAAAACAAGUCCUCGGAGGCAGCGGGCACGGUUGGCCCUCGACGGCGCAGCCAGCUUGCCAUCAUAGUGGUCACACUGACUUUCAUUCCUCAAUUCGCGCGAACACGACUCUCUCGCGUGACACGAAUGCACCAACGGCCAAUGGCCAUGACACGCAUACCUUCUCCUAGCAAUGGGCAUCCGAAUCACAUCCUGGAAUGUCAAUGGCAUUCGUAAUCCUUUCGCGUACCAGCCAUGGCGCGACAAACGAACCUUCGAGGCCAUGUUCGAGAUUUUAGAGGCAGAUAUUGUGGUGUUUCAAGAGACCAAGAUCCAAAGGAAAGACUUGCGAGAUGACAUGGUCCUGGUGCCGGGCUGGGAUAACUACUGGAGUCUCCCCAAGCACAAGAAAGGAUACUCGGGUGUAGUCAUAUACACUCGAAACGCGACUUGCGCGCCCAUCAGAGCCGAAGAAGGCAUCACCGGUGUUUUGACUCCUCCCAAUUCGGCCACCAGUUUCCGGGAUCUGCCGCCAGAAGAGCAAAUCGGGGGAUAUCCAAACGCAGAGCAGCUGUCGGAGGCGGACUUUGACCCUGCCACUCUCGACUGUGAGGGCCGAUGCGUCAUUUUGGAAUUUCCGGCUUUUGUCCUCAUCGGAACCUAUUGCCCUGCCGAACGAGAUGAAACGCGAACGCACUUCCGGACGAGUUUUCUGCGGAUCCUUGAUGCGAGAAUACGAAAUCUGGUGAACAUGGGCAAGAGAGUGGUCUGGACAGGCGACCUCAACAUCUCAAGAGAAGAAAUUGACACAGCGGCGGCUGAAGAGAGUAUGAGAAAGCACGGUCUCGACGCUGUGGAGUGGAUAUCUACCCCAGCAAGGCGAAUGCUCAAUCAACUUCUGGUCGGAGGCAAGGUCCACGGUGCAAGGGAUGAAGGACGGGAGACCCCGAUACUGUGGGAUCUUUGUCGUGGUUUCAACGAAGGUCGCCACGGCAUGUACACUUGCUGGGAGACCAAAGUCAAUGCUCGUCCUGGAAACUAUGGCGCGAGGAUUGACUACGUCAUUUGCAGCCACGACAUGAAAAACUGGUUCUGCGAUGCCAAUAUUCAGGAAGGGCUCAUGGGUUCCGAUCACUGCCCUGUGUUCGCCGUACUCAACGACAAUGUGAGCAUCGAUGGAGACACCCGGCACAUCCUGGAUAUCAUCAACCCGCCCGGCAUGUUCGAGAAUGGGAUCCGCAAGUAUGAGUGGUCGAGCAAGAACAUGCUGCCCAUGUCUGGCAAGUUGAUUCAGGAGUUUGACAAGCGGCGGAGCAUUCGAGAUAUGUUCACGCAGAAAGAGUCAUUACCAAAAGCCAAGAGUACUGCAUCGGACAUGGACGACAGUCUGGUUGCGGUGCAGCCCUCGGCGCUCCCUCUUGCCGCUACAACUACCAAGUCUACUCCAAUUGAAGGUGCAGCCUUAUCAACAACAACCUCACACACUUCUACCGAUUCCAGACCCGCCACCGGGAAACGCCCCGCGAAACCUGAUACCCUCCCUGCGGCCAAGAGGAGCAAAUCACAGUCAACUCCCAACGGGGCUGGAAAAGGCCAACAGAGCCUGCGAGGGUUCUUUACGGCCAAACCCUCAGCUCCAGCGAGCGCAGCAGAUGUCUUGUCGACAGCUGAUCCAGAACCCACCAAGAACGAGGACACGAUGCCGACUGAGAACUCUCUAGCUGCCGUGACCGUGAUUUCGCCGUCAAGAUCAAUCGCCUCAUUUGAAGACGAAGCCGCCAACUUUGCCUCGAAGCAGACAUGGGGUAAACUGUUCUCGAAGCCGGUUGCACCAAAGUGCGAGCACGGCGAGCCCUGCAAGACAAUGGUUACAAAGAAACCAGGGGUGAACUGCGGCCGAUCAUUCUGGAUGUGCAACCGGCCACUGGGUCCAAGUGGGAAACAGGAGAAAGGAAGUCAGUGGAGAUGCUCUACCUUCAUCUGGGCCAGUGACUGGGAUGCGCGUGAACCGGGAUGAGAAGGAACAUUAUGUGCUCCAGACUCGAAAUUUGCCAGGACUCUAAUGCCCACCAAAAACUGACAAAACUGACAAAAAUAUCGUGGAGAGAGACCGUGCCAACAAUUCUCGCUUCGUGGCUGCCACAGCGCAGGCCGGGGUUGUUUCCCAAUCCAAGUCUGCGGGAGAGGCUGACAAGACAGUGGCUCGUUGACGAUCGGAGUCAUCGCAGCUGUUUGAUGUAUCUUUUGAGAGCUGGCAGCGAGUAGAGGCUGUGCCACCCCAAAACAAUCUGGGAGUCAAAAUUUCUGGUGAGCUGCUCACAGACAGGCUUUACCAUCUCAACAAUCUCCAUUAGAUCUCGAAUCUACUGCCCCGUAGUGUCGUCUUUCACGGCCAUCCUGAUCCUCCACAUCCGCCUUGAUUGGCCGUCCCAGCGACUUUUCAAAUGAGACUAUCAUCUGCCCAUUGCACACAUGGAGACCUCCAGCCUACCGACAGAUGUCAUCGGCACUUGUGUGUUGUGUAUAGACUUCAAAGGACGUGGUGCGGAUAUCUUUCGACGGGUUGUGUUUUCCAAUCCGCAUUUGUAAUCGACGCGUUCCUCAGACAUUCAAACCCCGUGGAGAGUCUUUGUGACACAAACUCGGGCAAGAUGGUAAUCAUUUUGGUUGUCUUACUGAGUUGGGGGGACGACAAUUAUUGCAAACUUCGUAUUAUUCCCAUCAUCUAAAACGUGCCC